GAUAGUUGAGAGAGAGUUUGAGGAGUAAAUUGCAAUAUUUGAAAAUAAAUAUUGUUGUACCUCGCAUGAAAGAGGAAAAAAGAUAUUAAUGAAAGAAUAAUCAGGUGCGGAAGUGCCCAGAGUUAAAAUGGACGGUCCUCCGGAGAAUGAUUGCUGUGCAGUAUGCCAUGGCAGCUUCAACAUUCCUUGUCAAGCCAAUUGCUCCCACUGGUUUUGCGGAGGUUGUAUUAUGCUUGUUUGGCAUCAUGGAUCAGCAUUACAGCCGUGUAAAUGUCCUCUUUGUCGACGUGAAAUUACAUUGUUGGUUCCAAGUGAGGCUUCAUUAAGACAACGCCACGAAAAUGAUGCUGAGGAGGUUCUGGGAAAGAUUGAAAGAUACAAUCGAUAUUUUGCUGGGCGUACUCUUGGUCUUUUUCAGAGACUUCAAGACCUUCCUUUCUUUUUACGGAGGUUGUUACGAGAACUAAUGGAUCCUCAGCGAUCUCUCCCCCUUGUCAUAAGGGCACGUAUCUACAUUGCAAUGGCAAUGAGCGGUGUUUACGUACUCAGUCCGGUUGAUAUCAUUCCAGAAGGCAUACUGGGUAUAGUUGGUCUGUUGGAUGAUCUCAUCAUUAUACUUAUUUUCUUCUUUCAUGUUGCUGCCAUUUAUCGCUCUGUUCUCCAUUUUCGUCAUGGCGGUUCUUCUUCUUGAAACAAUAUUAGGAAAGUUUAGUAGCUUAUGAGAGCUGGAAUUUGUUUAUUUGUUUUGUUUUUUUAUAGAGAGGUAAAACUGGAAUAGGAGCUAAAUUGUUUUCAAUUUAGUUUGUGUAAGCUUGUUACUGUACUUAACUGCCAUUUUUCUAUUUGUGCUAUGUAUAUAUAUAAAUGAAUAUAUUAUGACUUACCAGAAUUUUUCAUGCA